AUGACUGAUAUCCCGGCCUCGACGACAAAGCGGCUCCUGCGCGAGCUCAAGGAGUACUCAAAGUCGCCCAAUGACGCCCUGCUCUCCCUCGCGCCCGUCAGCGACGACGACCUCCUGCACUGGGAGGCCGUCCUCAAGGGCGUCCCGGACUCCCCCUACGAAGAUCACCUUCGCAACGCCCAUCUGCCAUCCCAACAUCUCCUUCUCGACCGGCGAGAUCUGCCUGACGCUGCUCACGUCGGAGCACUGGUCGCCCGUCUACACCAUCUCCAGCACCCUGUCGGCGAUACACCAGCUGCUGACCGACCCCAGCCCGGACUCGCCGCUCAACGUCGACGUCGCGGCCCUGUUGCGAGACGGGGACCUGCUGGGCUGGACCCGGCUGGUGAAGUACUGGACGGCCACGGAGAGGUGGAACAACGUCCAACAGCGACGGUAGAAAGCAGCAGUGUCAAAUCUCUUUCUGCUGUCUCUCUUGUGAUCAACGUUCUCGCAGCGCCAGCAGCUCCUUGGGCACCGCCUGCAGGCCAGGCUGAAAAAAGAGAGGACAAAGACAGACUUUCGCUUCUUGACUGGCUGCUCGAGGCCAUCUCCACGCUCGUCUAA